GAACAAAAAUAAUAACGAAGAUGUCAACAGCCAGCUCAUUAAAAGUUGAAACAUCAAGACAUUCAGAUCCUCGAAAUUAUUAUACAUUAAAAAAGAAAUCAAUAAUAAAGACUACAGCAGGUCGAACACCAAUAAAACGGACACAUAUUUUACAAAAAAUUUUUCAUACACGUAAUGUACCAAGAUCACAAUAUUAUUCGUCACAAGCAUCGAAUGUAACCGCUGAAAAUCAACGUGAUGUUACCAAAGACAAAAUACCGUUUAAAUAUCCAGACGAUCGAAAUUUGUUAUAUUACAAAGGUCAACUUAAAGCAAAAAAAGCCGAAAAUCGUAUAAAAGAAAAAUACUUACCGAUAUCAGCACAGCAAUCAAAUCGAACACGACAAUGUUCGGAUAUUUUAAAGCGUACAUUUGUCGAAGAACCAGAAGAUGUUGUUCAUACAAUUACCGAUAUCGAUCCAGAAUGGUUUACAAUGGUUGAGGGUCGUCCAAUUUUAACACAACAUAGUCAAAGUCGUUACGUGCAAGAUUUACGUAAUUGUCUAUUAACGAAAUUACAAAUAUCGUUGAAAGAAGAUGAAAUUUCACGACAAGAGGAGAAUUAUCAACAAGAAUUACAAACGAUAGAUGCGAUGAAUAAAAGUUUUGGAGCGUAUGUAAACGAUUUUGAGGAUAUGCUAUCGAAAGAUCAUGCAGAAGCUAUGAAAUUGUUACAUGAACUUGAUGUUAUGUUAAAACAUACAGCAAAAAAAGAUGAAGAAUAUAAAAAUUUAUCGAAGGAUUUAGGUAUAUUACGCGUUCGCUUGUAUAUACUCGAGGAAAAUUGGCGUACUUUAAAAAUGUAUCAAAAAUUUUUGUAUCAAACAAGUCCAAUGCAUUGGCGGCGCGAACAUGAUUACAUUCAUAAAACCGAACAUGGUUUAGUAACGCAUUGGAGUUCAUUAUUUGGAAAAUAUCGUUUAGCAGAUACAUCCGUCGAACCCACUUUGGAGAGUUUAAUAGAUAUAUUUUUAGAAGAUAUCAAAACACAAGAGGAACCAAAAUUAUAUUUUACCGAUCCAGAACAAAUUAUUGUUGUAUUUCGUGAAUUAGAAGCGCAAAACUUAAAUUCGUUAUUACAUUCAGAGGAUUUAGCAACGCCAUUAGAAACAAUGACGAUACAAUUGGAAGAAACCAAAAAUACAUUAGAUAAGGAAUUGGAAUUAAUGCAAGAAGUUGUAGAUGACAUUGAAAAAAAUAUUCUCUGGUAUGAAGAACGUUCUCAACAAUUAGAAACAGAGGCGAGAAAAAUUAUUUACACAACUUUCAAAUCAUUAGUGGCCGAAGAUGAAAUUAUUAAACUGUUUUGUAAUGUUGAAGAUUUAUACGAAACAAUAAUUGCAUCAAAUGAUUCCAAUAUUGGAAUGGGUCCUAUGAUGGAAGCAAUUGAAAAUCGAUACGAGGACUUUAUGCUCGAAUUAGACACAAUAUCAUUGGAAGCUGUUAAGAGUGCUGAAACUGAAGCAUAUUCUGAAGAAUAUCGUGCAAUGACAUUAGCAAAGGAUGCUGCACGGAAAGUCCAAUUAAUCGAUGUAUUAAGUCAUAAAUUACAAAGAGUUUUAGAACCACCAAAAUAUCGAACGACAAAAGAAUUAAAAGCACGAUCACCGUUACCAGAACGGCGUAAAAAACGUAAAUCUGCUGAUAAUAAAGAAAUUGAUCCGAAAGAUUUAGAAUAUUUAAAAUUAUUUACUGAUUUUUGUCUAAAUACUGAUAAUCCACAAGAUUAUGGAGUAUCUUAUAUGAAAUAA